AGAACUGGAGGUUGGGGAUCUAAUUACCGGGCCAUAAUUGGGGGCUGGGGAAUAGGUUGCCGUCCUCUCAACUCGCUGCAGAUCAAUUAUGUUAAGAGAACAUCUGUAAGUAGAGCUUAAUGAGGUCCAUUAGAGCAACAUGCGCUGCCUUCCCUAACGGUGCUUGUCAGCUUCUUGGAUGAGCUGGAGUGUGCUGCUGACUGGGGACCUGGUGGAGGGGCUUAAAUAGGAGAGGAGGCUCCUCUCUCUGCUGCUUUUCCAUGUAGGAGAACCAGAGGCACAGACAAGCGGGAAGGAAAGGUGAGGAGAACUUUGGCGACAGACUCCACCGCCGCAGCCUCUGACAGCGUGGAGCCGCGUGGACCGCUCUUUGGCCAAACUUUCCUUGCGGAGUCUUUAAGUUCAGAUCGGGAGGAGCGCUCAAGUGUAUGUUUUGGAGCUCUCUGGCUGCACUUCAAGGUAUACAAAUGCUCUCCGUCCAGCCGGACACCAAGCCAAAAGGCUGUGCCGGCUGCAACCGGAAGAUCAAGGACCGCUACUUGCUGAAGGCCCUCGAUAAGUACUGGCACGAAGACUGCCUGAAGUGCGCCUGCUGCGACUGCAGGCUGGGCGAGGUGGGCUCCACGCUCUACACCAAAGCCAACCUCAUCCUGUGCCGGAGAGACUACCUACGGUUGUUUGGUGUAACGGGGAACUGCGCAGCAUGCAGCAAGCUUAUUCCAGCCUUCGAGAUGGUCAUGAGGGCCAAGGAGAACGUCUACCAUCUGGACUGUUUUGCGUGUCAACUCUGCAAUCAAAGGUUUUGUGUGGGCGACAAGUUUUUCCUGAAGAACAACAUGAUCCUGUGCCAGACAGACUACGAAGAGGGGCUGAUGAAGGAGGGCUACGCUCCCCAGGUCCGCUGACCCUCGUGGGCAAACAGGCAGCGGCGGAGGAGUGGGAGGAAGAGAGGGACUGAACGGAGGGCUCACAAUCACAAACGGCCUCCUGGAGCAGCUCUCGCCCCCCAUGUGUAAAUAAGGAGGAAAAGCUGGGGAGGAAAGAGACUCUACUGUACAGAAUAGCCAUAGAGACUGCAGCGUGGCCGGGACCCUCCUCACAACAGACGAUAAAAAAGAAAAAAAAAAGGGUCCACUUGUUUGUGUGUGAAUGACGGGUCCUUCUGAAGAAACACUUUUUUUACCAACGUCGGAAUCCAGCUGAUCGACAACUUCUACUUGAAUAUAAAGUCCUCGUCAAUCACCGCGACUCUUGCGCAGGAGGUCAUCAGCGUACAUCAGAAUAAGAGCCACAAAGUCAAAGAAGGGUUUUCUUCGAUCGCUCAUCCAGUAGUGUAGAAACAGUCCAUGGGAAUGAGGUUUGAUUUGAAACAAUCAAUUCAAUGUUAUUUAUUUGUUUCGUUAAAUCAAUGUUAAAGCACAGACAUCUCGGCGGAACGGACAGACUCUUACUUGAGAGGAAUUUCCAUGUUUAACCUGUACUUUCAUGGUGUUUCUCCACGUGCUCCGGUUUCCUCCCACGAGAAUCAAUUAAUCCAAGUUAUGGUUUGAUGUUAGUAUCCUGGGAUGGAGUGCUGACUUCACCAAAAUGUGGAAAAGAAUGGACGCGUUUCCCAGAGGCCGGAACCAUGAGAAACUUGGAGAAGCAGUUUAUUGUGAAGUUUAAUCACGUAAGACAAAACCGUUAUUCAGAGGCUUAGUUCACAGCCACAAUGUGUCAAAUAAAAAUGUUCGACUCAGCCACUAAAAUAACUGGAUCACCCACUAACUAACAAGUAACUUUCUAGACCGUCAUUGAACUUAAAUGCAUUCCUUCGGCGAGUCUUUCCAGCAGUGUGGCAGGCGUUGUGUGACUCGGCACUAUUUAUUAAAGCUAGCUUAUGGAGAUGUGUUUGAGAAGUGUAUACAUUUUUGUACACUAUUUAUUUUAACUGUCUAUUGUCCUAAAUCUGGCUUUCCUUUCAAUUCUGGUACUUGAAUUCCAAUCAACGAUGUCCCAGGGUGUGACUUAGACAUUUUUUGCUGUCUGUAUUUUCUGCAUCACUUUCAAAAAGUACUGAAUAAGUAAAUAAAAACAUUUGUAAAUGAGGGUGUACAUAAAAAUGGAAUAUUCUUUUUCGUUGCUUGCUAUUGUAUAUGGUUUCUUUUUACGUGUCAUCCAGCAUGAGAUGUUUAUUUUUAGGACAACGCCUGUAAAUAAUGGAAUUGUAAUAAUUUUAAGCACAAAUGUAAUACAGU